AUGUCUGAAUUUGAAUACACACAUCCAAUAGUGGAAAUGUCAAAUUCUUUUAGAAAAUAUCACAGAGCUGAAGAAUUAUUAAGAUUCUUAGCAUUAUUUAUUGAUUUACUAGCAAUGACGGUAGGUUUAAUACGUGCAUGGAGAUGGUGGUUUGCAUUUGAUGCUAUUGGUGACCUUAUGUGCAUCGCAAAGUUUACGAAAAAUAUUACUAUCACCUAUGAAGAUACUUCAUGUGGAACAAUUAUAACUGACUGGAGUUCAGCUACCUAUUCUAAUUGUGUUCAGUUCGAACCAGCAGUUGGAUGGUUUCUUAUCAUUGUAUUUACAGCAGUCUGUGUAGUAUUACUCGUUGGAUUGAUUGCUAUGCGCGGAUAUAUUAUCUGGGCAGUUGGUAUUGUGGGAUCUGCGAUUUUAGUAGUUCUUUCUGGACUGCAAUCUGUGUACUCAACUCAAGGUUAUUGUGUUCAAUUCGUUGCAAUUUUAAUGAAACUGCCUAAUUUACCAAAUCAAGUCCUCAGCCACCGAAGCUUAAUAAACUUAUGGUGGUAUCGUACUGGCUUUAGACAAUGGCUUGUAAAUUUAUUUACUAUUCAUGGAUAG